AUGGCAAGGGGUGCCAGCUUUCACUCGUAUCUCAGAGACGAACAUAAGCUUCCCAUUUACACACUACGUCUGCCGGGAUCUCGCUUGUAUGUUAUCAAUGACACAAGUCUGAUUCCUGUUGUCCAGAGGCAGUUUCGAACACUGUCCAUAUCGCCGCUCCUGGUGAGGGUAUUCUCUCAUUUCAUGGGUGUCAGCCCAAGUGCUCUUGAGAUCGUGGGCCGAGAUCCCAUCGAAGACCAUGGUUUUGUGCAUCAAAUGACUAUAGAGACCAGCAAGGGUCUCGCCCCCGGUCCCAACCUUGACGACCUCAAUGCCAGAGCAGUCUCCAUUCUCGAUGCGUCCUUGGCUGCGCUCUCUGCCAAAAAUGCCGCCACUACAGUCAAACUAUUUGAAUGGGCUUCGCUCGAGAUCAUGAUGGCUACAACGAAUGCUAUUUAUGGCCAUCAAAACCCUUUCAAGAACCCCGCCGUUCGCGAAGCCUACUACAAACUGGAAGGUGGCCUCAUCACUAUGAUUACUGGAUUCUUGCCAUCGCUCCUCGCCAAGGAUAGUCUGGAAGCUCGAGAAGUCAUGACUGAGGCCUUUAUGAAAUACUACGCCGAAGGUGGUCUUGACGAGGAAGCGUCCGUCUAUGCACGAAAUAGAUAUGAAUUACCUUCUUCACUUGGUGUCCCCGUCAGGGAUGUGGCACGGAUGGAAGCUGGGGGGUCCAUUGGUCUUGUCGCCAACACCAUGCCUGCAACAUUCUGGAUGCUCUGGCACGCCUUUUCGGAUCCCAAUGUUCUCGAAGACUGCCGCCAGGAAGUAAGUCAGGCUGUUCACGAGAAGGACGGCGAAAGCUACCUAGACUUGGCAUAUAUCAAGAGCUCUUGUCCCAUCCUGGCUUCUACAAUGCAAGAGGCAUUCCGCUUGCAUAGUAUAGGCAUGUCAGCACGAACAGUCGUCGAAGACCAUGUUCUUGGCGGAAAAUAUCUGCUCAAAAAGGGCAAUACAGUAUUGAUCCCGAGUACUGUGCAACAUAGCUCUUCUCAAGCUUGGGGAGAUAAUGUGGACAGGUUCUACCACAAACGAUUUGUCAAAGAACAUGGCGCGACCAAAUACAAUCCCACCGCAUUCCGUGCUUUUGGCGGCGGGACGACUCUAUGUCCUGGACGGCACUUUGCUUCAAUGGAAAUCUUGGCAUUUUUCAGUGUCAUACUCUUGCGCUUCGAUGUCACCCCACUCUCGGGUUCCUGGGAUACCAAGGCCUUUAGAGAAGCGAAUGCUGCCUUUCGCCUCCCAAAACACGACGUGGAGGUACAGCUCGUCCCGAAGAAUGAUAAGAUUUGGCACAUCUUUUUCUCUGAGCCCGGACAGCCGAUGAUAAUUUCCCAAGAGGACAUCGCAUCGGUCGUAAAGGUAGAAUGA